GAAGUUGUUUCAAAGAUGGCGGAUUUCCUGCCGGCCCGGUCCGUUUUAUCUGUGUGUUUCCCUAGGUGUCUCCUCACCAGCAGCGAGGCAGAACAGUUAAGGAAAUCUAAAGAGAUAGAUAAGUGUAUUUCUAAAGAUAAAACGUAUGUAAAACGGCUGGUAAAGAUCUUAUUACUCGGAGCUGGCGAGAGCGGCAAAUCCACUUUUCUCAAGCAGAUGCGCAUCAUACACGGUCAGGACUUCGAUCGACAGGCCAAAGAAGAGUUCCGGGCGACUAUUUACAGUAAUGUUAUCAAAGGCGUUCGAGUGUUAGUAGAUGCCAGAGAGAAGCUGCACAUUCCGUGGGGAGACCCCUCUAACCAGAGCCACGGGGACACGAUGAUGUCGUUUGACACACGCUCCACUCUCAUGACCCAAGGCAUGGUGGACAGCAAGGUCUUCCUGCAGUACAUGCCUUCCAUCCAGGCCCUGUGGGCCGACGCCGGCAUUCAGAAUGCCUUUGACCGGCGCCGGGAGUUCCAGCUGGGCGAGUCAGUGAAAUACUUCCUGGACAACUUGGACAAACUUGGACAGCCAGACUACCUGCCCACUCAGCAGGACAUUCUGCUGGCGCGGAAGCCCACCAAAGGCAUCCACGAGUACGACUUUGAGAUCAAGAAUGUGCCGUUCAAGAUGGUGGACGUGGGCGGCCAGCGAUCGGAGCGCAGGCGAUGGUUCGAGUGCUUCGACAGCGUCACCUCCAUCCUCUUCCUCGUCUCCUCCAGCGAGUUCGAUCAGGUGCUGAUGGAGGACCGCGAGACAAACCGUCUCUUGGAGUCGCUCAACAUCUUCGAGACCAUCGUCAACAACCGCGUCUUCAGCAAUGUCUCCAUCAUCCUCUUCCUCAACAAGACGGACUUGCUCGAGGAGAAGGUCAAGAUGGUGUCGAUCAAGGACUAUUUCCCCGAGUACACGGGCGACCCCCACGACCUGGGCGACGUGCAGAAGUUCCUGGUGGAGUGUUUCCGCGGGAAGCGCCGGGACCAGCAGCAGAAGCCCCUGUACCACCACUUCACCACUGCCAUUAACACAGAGAACAUUCGGCUGGUCUUCCGCGACGUCAAGGACACCAUCCUCCACGACAACCUCAAACAGCUCAUGCUUCAGUGAUGCUGGUCUUAAAAACAAACAAACAAACGAAUCAAUAACAAAAAAACCCUGAACGGACCUUGUCUGAAACCCCACCCCCUCCCUCUUCUGCUCUAACCUUCUGACCCCUUGCAGCCGU